AUGAUUUCAGAUGAGGAGUUUGAAAUAUUAUUUGGUGAUACUUCGUCUUCAUCAAGCGAGGAAUUAAUUGGUCAAGUUCUCAUGGCUAAUCGAAUACAUGAGAUGCAAAAAUCUCAACAGGUUAGACGACCACUACGCACUUCAAAUAUGUUUGGACGUCAAUAUUUACUUGAGCUGCUAAAUGGACAUCCUGAUAGAUUGUUUUACACAAUUAGAAUGGACGUUAAUACUUUUAGAUCUUUAUGUCGUCGAUUAGUUGAAAUGGAAGUCAUAGAACAUGACAGGGUAAUUAGUGUUGAAGAAGCUGUUGUCAUGUUUCUAUGGAUGGUAACACACAACCAACGAGUUAGGACUGUGGCCGAAAGAUAUCAACAUUCGGUAGAAACUGUUUGUCGUCAAUUUGGCAGAGUGCUAGAUGCAUUGUGUUAUUUAGGAAAUGAAGUAAUAAGGCCUCUUCACUUUAAUACUGUGCAAGCAGAAAUUCAAAAUAAUUCGAAGUAUUUCCCAUGGUUUAAGGAUUGUGUUGGAACAAUUGAUGGUACUCAUGUAAGUGCAGUUGCACCAGCUCUAAAACAACUUGCAUAUAGAGGAACAAAAGUAGAUGUAACACAAAAUGUAAUGGUUGCAUGCUCCUUUAAUAUGAUGUUUACUUAUGUCUACGCUGGAUGGGAAGGAACAACCAAUGACUCUCAAGUGCUUCUUGAUGCAAUUAGAAAAGACGAUAACUUUCCCAUGCCACCACCAGGUAAAUACUAUGUUGUUGAUUCUGGCUAUCCAAAUAUGCCUGGGUUUCUAGCACCAUAUCGUGGUGAACGUUAUCACUUGCGUCACUUUAGAGGAAGAGGGAACCAUCCUAGAGCCAGGUUUCCCAUUUUGAAGUUAAUGCCUACAUACUUGCUUGGAAAGCAACGUCGAAUACCAAUAGCAUGUUGUGCUAUCCACAACUGGAUCAAAAUGCAUUCUAUUAAUGAUAGAAUGUUUGAACAAUAUUUAGUUGGUGCUACACCUAUUGAAGAUAUUGAAGGAACUGAAAGGCAAUCUAAUACAACAAUAGAAAACCAACAAGAAGGAGAUGAAGCAGGAAUUUCUGAGGUACCACAGAUUAAUUUCAGUCAAGCUUAUAUGACUUAG